AUGGAUCAGUCAUAUUUUGUAUUAACAUCACAACUAACAAUCAGAAUAAUUGAAGAUAUUAAAGCGUGCAAGUCUAUUCCUGAAGAAGAUGUUCAGCAAAUAUGUACAAAGGUUAUUGAGAUCUUAGUAGAAGAGGCGAAUAUCCAACAACUAUUUACACCGGUGACUAUUUGUGGUGACAUCCACGGGCAGCUACAUGAUCUUGUGACUCUUUUUGCCACAGGCGGGAAGUUUCCGCAAACACAAUAUCUAUUCUUGGGAGAUUUUGUAGAUCGAGGGUUUUACUCACUCGAAAGCUUACUUUUGUUGCUUACGCUAAAGAUCCGCUAUCCAGAUAAAAUCACUCUUAUACGAGGCAAUCAUGAGUCACGACAGAUAACCACUGUUUACGGAUUCUAUGAUGAAUGUUUGCGCAAGUAUGGAAGUGUUAAUGUUUGGCGCUAUUGUUGCGAGGUGUUCGACUACCUUUCCCUAGGAGCAGUAGUUGGAGGUAAAGGAGGAGUGUUUUGCGUACAUGGAGGGCUCAGCCCUGAUAUUGAUCGUUUAGACGAAAUUCGGAGACUAGACAGAAAGCAGGAGGUCCCGCAUGAGGGAGCUAUGUGUGAUUUGUUAUGGUCGGAUCCAGAGGAGGUACCUGCCUGGGCAGUUUCACCAAGAGGUGCUGGCUACUUGUUUGGUGAAAAUGAAGUGACUAAGUUCUGCCACAAGAACGAUAUCUCGUUGAUAGCGCGAGCACAUCAGUUGGUGAUGGAGGGAUAUAAAGAAAUGUUUGCUGGGGCUCUAGUGACAGUUUGGUCAGCCCCUAAUUAUUGUUAUCGAUGCGGCAAUAUCGCAUCAAUCCUUACUAUUGACGACAACUUGAACAGACAGUACAAAGUGUUUGAAGCUGUCAAUCAGGACAUCAACGUUUUGCCAGCUAAGAAACCUGUAGUAGAUUACUUUAUAUAG